AUGGUAACAACACACCCCUUCCCCCGGCUCCUCGCCGCCUCGAUCGACGGCCGCUGCCACAACACGCGCUACCGACAGUCGCAACUCCAGUGCCUCCAAUCCGCUCUGGUGCACCAUGUCGAAGAGCUCAAGAAGUCCAUCCAGUCUGACUCAGGACACUCCGCGGGCGAAGUAUCCGCGGAGAUCUGUCUCGCACUGCAAGAGCUGCGCACGCAUUACCUGUCUCUCGAUCUCCAGCGAGAUCUGGAAGCCGAGUAUCGCGUCGCGAACGGGAGGGAUAAUCUGGAUGGGAAGCGCGGCGUAGGUAUUGUUUAUAUUGCGCCGUGCACGCAUACGCUGUUCUUCUCGGUCGUGUCGGCGCUUAGUGCUGCGGUGGCGGCGGGGAAUUGUGUGAUCUUAGAGGUAUGUAUUCAGCUAUCCCAAACAACCAUGACCCUCCCCACGCUCCUCCGCAAAAUCCUCACCACAUCCCUGGACGCAGAUACUUUCGCCAUCAGCGAAGAGCGACCCGACGCCUCGUUCCUAACCCUCCCUCAAGUCCUGCCAAUCCUCCAAACAGAGUCCUCCAACACAGCACAAUAUCUCUCCGCAUCCCCAACAGCAAGAACCAUCGCCGUCGUCGACCGCACGGCGAACAUCGCCUCCGCGACGGAGCAGCUCGUCGCGGCGCGAUUUGCUUUCGGCGGUCAUUCGCCGUACUCGCCGGACGUGGUCCUGGUCAACGAGUUCGUGAUGAAAGAGUUCAUUGAAGCCGUUAUUCAGCAGUCAGGUCGGUAUUUGGCGCCGGAGACUGCGGCCAGAAAUCCGAGGGGGAGGCCAGCUGGGGCGUCGGUGUUGGAUCUGGCGUUUAAGGAGAAGGGGGCGAGAGUGGUUGUCUCGGGGAGUGGAUGGGGUGUUGUGGAUGUUUUGGAUCGAGAAAGCGCUCUCUUGCAGAAAAUGAACGAGAAAGUGCUGCUUGUUCACUCGGUGACGAGUCUGGAUGAUGCGAUUGAUUUCGGGAAUUCCAUGACCCCCUUAGCAGCAACAUACGCCUUUGCUGCUCCGUCCUCGGCAAAAUACCUGACGCAGUUUAUCGACGCCCAUAUUUCUUGGAUCAACCAUGUUCCCACAGACAUGCUGAUCGGCCCUCAAAUCCCCACCAACACGCCCUUCCCCUCUCAAACCCGCUACUCGACAGAUCUACUACAGCUACCCCGUCCGCAGAUUGCGCAAGAGACACGCAAAGCGGCCAUUGUGCGCGCUGCGCUGAGUAGUUCCCCGGAGAGUGCGACGGUCUGGAAUGCGGCGCUGGCGCCUUUGCCGGGGACGGGACAGCGUGCGGGUCGCAAGAUCGGGUUCUUCGAGCAGGGCAUUAUUACCGGGGGUGUUAUUACGUUGUUUUCGGUUGUGGUGAGCUUGGGGACGUUGGGGUAUUAUGCGUUGGGGGUUGUUAGGAGGGUUCGUUAA